AGGAGGCUGCUUUUCUUUUCUUCCUGCAGCAGCAGCAGCAGCAGCAGAACUUCAACCUGGACUUUUCCCUCUUCACGAAGAAGAAGAAGGAGAAUCUCCACGUUCACGCUGACCAUGAGAGUUCACGUCAUGUGUCAGUGAAGUGAUUUCUUGUCCCUCUCGUGACCAUGUUGGGUAUGUAUGUGCCGGACAGAUUCUCUCUGAAAGCGUCAAAGGUCCAGGAUGGAGUGGGUCUGUUCACAGCGCGGCGAGUUAAAAAGGGAGAAAAGUUUGGCCCAUUCACAGGCGAGAAGAAACUGCCGAGCGAGCUGGACGAGAGUUCAGACACCAGGCUGAUGUGGGAGGUUCGAGGCAGUAAAGGAGACAUUCUGUACAUCCUGGAUGCCAGUAACCCGCGUCACGCCAACUGGCUGCGCUUUGUGCAUCAGGCGCCGUCACAGGAGCAGAAGAACCUGGCAGCGAUACAGGAUGGAGAAAACAUCUUCUACCUGGCGGUGGAUGACAUCGAGACAGACACGGAGCUCCUGAUUGGCUACCUGGACAGUGACAUGGAGGAAGAGGAGGAGGAGGAAGAGGAGGAGAUCAUCAAAGACGAGGACGAGAACAGCAAAGAGGCCAAACAUCUCGUAGAGAUGGAACUGGUGAUAAAGAAGGAGGAUCACCCCUGCCUGCUGUGUGAGAGCAGCUUCCCCAGUGAGGAGAUUCUGGCCGCUCACCUGCAGAGUCUGCACCAGAGAGCCAGCACAGAGGAGAAGGAGUUCAAGUGCAGGAACUGUGGCAAGAAGUUUCCUGUCAAACAGGCUCUGCAGCGACAUGUUUUACAUUGUUCUGAGUCGCCGGAUCCUUCGGGCGACUCCAAAGCUCACCAGUGCUCGUUGUGUCACAACACGUUCAGCUCAGAGUCGAGCUAUGAGCAGCAUAAAGAAGCCUGUAAAGGCGACGCCAGGUUCAUCUGUAAAGCAGAAAGCUGCGGUAAAAGAUUCAAGAGCAAGGACGCGCUGAAGAAGCACAAAGGAAACGUCCACACAGGGAGCGCACGACGGAAACUCACGUGCACCAUAUGCAACAGGAAAUGCUCCUCGUCUCUGAAUCUACAAGAACACAGGAAGGUACAUGAAAUAUUCGACUGCCACGCGUGCGACAAGAAGUUCAUCUCUACGAAUCAGCUGAAACGUCACAUGAUCACACACUCAGAGAAGCGACCGUACACCUGUGAGAUCUGCAGUCGCUCGUUCAAGCGCUUGGAUCAGGUGACGGCUCACAAGAUCAUCCACAGCGAGGACAAACCGUACAAGUGUAAGCUCUGUGGGAAGGAGUUCGCUCACCGCAACGUCUACAAGAACCACAAGAAGACUCACUCUGAGGAAAGACCGUUCCAGUGUGAAGAAUGUAAAGCUCUGUUCCGCACUCCCUUCUCUCUCCAGCGCCACCUACUGAUACACAACAGUGAGCGCACAUUCAAGUGUGACCAGUGCGACGCCACGUUCAAGAGGAAGGACACGCUCAACGUCCACAUCCAGGUGGUGCACGACGGCCAUAAGAAGUACAAGUGUGACCUGUGUGAGAAGGCCUUUGUCACGCCGUCCGUCCUCAAGAGCCACAAGAAGACACACACGGGGGAGAAGGAGAAGAUCUGUCCGUACUGUGGACAGAAGUUUGCCAGUAAUGGGACGCUGAGAGUCCACAUCCGUAGUCACACAGGUGAGCGUCCGUACCAGUGUCAUUACUGUGACAAAGCAUUCAGCAAGAACGACGGUCUGAAGAUGCACAUCCGCACACACACUCGAGAGAAGCCAUAUAACUGCAGUGAGUGUAACAAAGCCUUCAGUCAGAAACGAGGGUUGGACGAGCACAUGAGGACACACACAGGAGAGAAGCCGUUCCAGUGUGACGUGUGUGACCUGUCGUUCAGUCUGAAGAAGAUGCUCAGUCGACACAAACUCACUCACAAUCCAAACCGACCGAUGGCCGAGUGUCAGCUCUGCCAUAAGAAGUUCACCAGGAACGACUACCUCAAAGUUCACAUGGAGAACGUUCACGGGGAGACGGAGAGUUAGACACACACACACACACACACACAUGUCCGCACUCACACACACAUGCACACACACACUCACACACACACACACACACACACACUGUACAUUUGUAAUUCCCGUCACUGUUUUUGAAACUUUUUGAAAACAUUUGUUUGGAGCUCCGCCUCCACAGUGUGUCACGUUGCUUGAAAAUGAAGUUUGUAAAACUGCUUAAAAAAAAACAAUAAAAUCUACGUCAGUAUAAGUUUAUGUCUGCGUCACACGCUCCACACUCUCAGCAGAGUUCUGGAUGGUGCUUUGAGGACCUGGAGCAGGUGUUCCAUCCUGUGGGGAGUUCUCCAGGAGAAUGGGGAAGAACUGGACUCUGCCCUUUGUCACUGAUUCUGUUCAUAACCUGCAUGGACACAAUUUGUAGACGCAGGGAGUCCGGUUUGGUGAGAUGAUGCGGUCAUGUUUGCUUCAUCAGGCCGAGAUCUUCAACUCUCACUGCAGCGGUUCACUGAACACGGCUGGGAUGAGAAUCUGAAACCAUGAUCCUCAACUGGAAAAGGGUGGAGUGCCCUCUGUAGGUGGGGGGUGAGAUCCUGCCCCAGGUUUGAGUAUCUCGGGGAUCAGUGCAGCGUCUGCAGUGAUGCUCUGUCAUGGUUUAGCGCUGGAUCUACGUUCAUAUCCUCACCUGCGGUCACGAGCUGUGGAUACAAGCAGCUGAAAUGAGUUUCCUCUGCAGAGCGUCUGGGAGAGAGAGAGGGUGAAGCUCGGGCACCUGGUGAGGACUCCUCCCUGGUAAGGGCACGUCCCACUGGGAGGACGACCCGGGGAAGAACCAGGACUCACUGGAGAGUCAGUGUCUCUUGGUUUUGUCCUGGAAGAGCUGGACGACGUGGCCAGGGUGAGGGAAGUCUGGCCCCCGCAACCAGACCUCACUCACUCUCCCACACCAAAGUCCAGAGAGAAAACACAGCAGCUGCUGGUCCUCUGCUGCCUCGUGUGGUCACUUUGUGUCACUGACGUCAAUCUGAACAUUUCAAACACUGAAGUGACAAAAUAAGACAUUUGAGUGUGUGUGUGUGUGUGAACAUGUUCUAAAGACAUUGUAAAGUUAAAAUGACGUAGAUUUUGGUUUAGUAACUAAAGUUGUUUUUUUUCUAGUUUUCACUGAGAUGGAAGUGAACACUGAAGAAAACUGAAUUAUUCCUUUAAUUUGAAUAUUUGAAGGUUUGACACAAAGCUACAUGAGGCUACGAUUGUCUGUUACUGUCCGGACUUUAGUUGCCGUCAUUUUACUGUAAAGAAAAAACAGAGAAAAACUUUCUGCACUUUUUCUCCUUCAAAAACACGUUUACACGUUUCUUUCUCCUCCUUCUUCUUUGUGUGUUUUUUUGAAAGCGUACGUUAAAAAUGUGUUUUACCGUUUUUAAAGAAUCUGAAAACUCAUAAACCACAAGUUUAUUUAUUGACCUAAUGUUCGUCCUUGUUCCAGAAAAUCCUCAGCACAUGGAAUCAUUUCAUAUUUUUCUUUUUUCAUUUAACGGUUUUAGAAAAUGACUUUUGUUUAUUAUUUGAUGUAAAAUUCCUUUUCCACAGCAGCCAUUUUAACUGGUUUCAGCAGGAGACGCGCGGUGUUUGUGAUCACGCUAACGUUCCAGGAUGAAAUGAAACGCAGUCGUUCUUCAUGUCAUUAUUUAAAGCUGUCAACAUGGCUGCUGUGCACGUUUACAUCGUUCUUUAUUCAUCAUCAUUCAUCCCAGUUUGUCUUUGUUUACUGCUUUUCUGAUUUUUGUCAUUUCUU